CUAUUGAAUCUUCACUUUAAAGAAACAAACAAACAAAACCCAAAUUCUAUAAUGUAUCAACUACAUCAUGAAAACAUUGCCAUGGCCCAUGACCAUUGCCGAUGGUCACAAAUUAGAGUAAGACAUUAGAACUUUGAUUACAACAUGGUGCAACCAGUGCACCUGUAGUGAAUGUACGUUUGCAUACUACAUGUAGAUUCUCCUCUGUCUAUUGAAAAGGUGAUGAAGUGAAUUGUAGUUUUUCUAUGGCUAUAAGGGUAUCUUUCAUAUUUAUAUUGGGACAGUCUUAUGAAAAAGUGAAAGCCCAUUGGGAAACUCCAACUCCCAUUGUCAUUGUGACACAGCACUCCACAGCACACAAAAUAACACUGCACACUGUACACAACGAAAUUGCAUUUAUGCCUCACCCGUGCAAGGGGGCAGCCCUCAGUGGCGCCCCAUGGGGAGCAGUGCGGUGGGACGGUACCAUGCUCAGGGUACCUCAGUCAUGGAGGAGGAUGGGGGAGAGCACUGGUUGAUUACUCCCCCCACCAACCACCUUAUGUAGGCGUAAUGGGAAGGGGGUUGUCCCCUUCCACCCUCCAUGGCUAAAGUGCCCUUGAUUAAGACACCUAACCCUACAUUCCUGUGACUGUAACUAAUACCCUGCGAUGUCUGUACGUCACUUUGGACAAAAGUGGCUGCUAAGUAUAAUGUAAUGUAACAGUGGGCAACCAAAAUAUGUAUACAAUGUUGUGUGUCCUGACCAGGUAAUGAGGUGAGGUGCUGCCAUCUGGUGGAGGAAAGGGUCAGUACGGGCUCCUCAGGAUGAGUUCCCCUGGCAACCAGGAGUCCCAGCUGGGACAGGAACUGGCAGCUCACUCUCAUAGUGGCAUAGAGAAGAGACCAGGGUCUCCUACAGGGAGCUGUGUGUCCAUGAGGAGUGACAAGUCAAAGGAUGAGCCACUCAGGUUCAAAGGGGCGGAACCUCCACUUGACCAAAGUGGCAAAGAGAAGAGACCAGGGUCUCCUACAGGGAGCUGUGUGUCCAUGAGGAGUGACAAGUCAAAGGAUGAGCCACUCAGGUUCAAAGGGGCGGAACCUCCACCUGACCUCAGUGCAAUAGAGAAGAGAUCAGGGUCUCCUACAGGGAGCUGUGUGUCCAUGAGGAGUGACCAAUCAAAGGAUGAGCCCCUCAGGUUCAAAGGGGCGGAAACUGCAUCUGACCAAAGUGGCAUAGAGAAGAAACCAGGGUCUCCUACAGGGAGCUGUGUGUCCAUGAGGAGUAACCAGUCAAUGGAUGAGCCGCUCAGGUUCAAAGGGGCGGGACCUGCAUCUGACCAAAGUCACAUGGAGCAGAGACCAGGGUCUCCUACAGAGAGCUGUGUGUCCAUGAGGAGUGACCAAUCAAAGGAUGAGCCACUGAGGUUCAAAGGGGCGGGACCUGCAUCUGACCAAAGUGGCAUAGAGAAGAAACCAGGGUCUCCUACAGGGAGCUGUGUGUCCAUGAGGAGUGACCAAUCAAAGAAUGAGCCCCUCAGGUUCAAAGGGGCGGGACCUGCAUCUGACCAAAGUGGCAUAGAGAAGAGACCAGGGUCUCCUACAGAGAGCUGUGUGUCCAUGAGGAGCGACCAAUCAAAGGAUGAGCCACUGAGGUUCAAAGGACCUGCAUCUGACCAAAGAGAGCAAGAGAGGAGACAUAAACAAGACUCCAGUGGUCAGGACAAGCAACAGGAUUUACCUCAUAUCUUUGAGGUGCUCGAGGAGAAGAUCAUCACCUUUUUAAAGAAUGAGCUGCAGAGAUUGAAGCAGAUUCUUAGUCCAGACUACGAAGAAAACAUUGAGAAUAAAGCAGAGGAUGAGAGUGAUGCCAGGAAAGGAGUUCUCCAGAUGGCACUGCACUUCCUCCGUAAGAUGGAGCACCAGGAUCUUGCUGAUGAACUGAAUGACAAUGAGAUGAAUGUAGGCUGUCAGAAGGAUUUAAAAAGAAAUCUCAAGAACAAGUACCAGAGUGUGUUCGAAGGGAUAGCCAAACAGGGAAGUUCUGUUCUGCUGGAAAAAAUCUACACAGAUCUCUACAUCACUGAGGGAGAAAGUGGGAAAGUCAAUGAGGAGCAUGAGGUCAGGCAGAUUGAGUACAGAUCCAAGAAACCAACUGGACAGGACAGACCAAUCAAAUGUGCUGACAUCUUCAAGCCUUCAUCAAUUCAGGACAAAUCAAUCAGAAGAGUUCUCACAAAGGGGGUGGCUGGCAUCGGCAAAACUAUUUCUGUGCAAAAGUACGUCCUGGACUGGGCUGAGGGAAAUGACAACCAAGAGAUCAAUUUCAUCUUCCCACUGUGCUUUCGGGAGCUCAACAUCAUGAGAGAAAACGAGUACUCUUUAAUGGAUCUUCUUCAUCACUUCUUCCCAGAGCUAAAGGAAUUCAAAUUUGUCUGCCAGAAAAUGUAUAAAGUGCUGUUUGUCCUUGAUGGUCUGGAUGAGUGUCGACUUCAACUUGAAUUUCAGGGAAAUGAGAGUUUGACUGACAUGAGAGCUGUCAAAUCAUUGGAUGUCAUCUUGACAAAUCUCAUCAAGGGUAAUCUGUUCCCCUCUGCUCUACUGUGGAUAACCUCUCGACCAGCAGCAGCCGGCAGAAUCCCUCCUGAGUGUGUUGACCUGGUGACAGAAGUGCAAGGGUUCAAUGACUCCCAAAAGGAAGAGUAUUUCAGGAAGAGGAUCAGUGAUGAAAGUUGUGCAAGCAAAAUCAUUUCACACAUUAAAUCAUCCAGGAGCCUCCACAUCAUGUGCCACAUACCUGUGUUCUGCUGGAUUGCUGCUAUGGUUCUUCAGCUGAUUUAUUCCACAGGACACACACAAAUACCAAAGACUUUGACAGAGAUGUACACAUUUUUCCUCAUGUUUCAAACCAGACAGAGAAGCGCCAAAUUUGACAAUCUGCAAGACCCUGAGCCACAAUGGAACCAUGAGCUAAUCCUCCGUCUUGGAAAGCUGGCCUAUGAACAGUUAGAGAAGGGCAAUCUGAUCUUUUAUGAAGAAGACCUCAGAGAAUGUGACAUUGAUGUCAAAGAGGCAACAAUAUGCUCUGGGAUGUGCACCCAGAUCUUCAGAGAAGAAUCCGGCAUCUUUCUAGGAACAGUGUUCUGCUUUGUGCAUCUCAGUAUCCAGGAGUAUCUUGCUGCUCUGUAUGCAUUUCUGAUGAUGGCAAAUGAAGGUAAUGACAUAAUAUCCACACAGCAUGCCCAUCAAAAAACAGAGUCCAUGACCAUCUUGCAGAAGAGUGCUGUGGACAAAGCUUUGAUCUAUGACGAUGGACGCUUUGACCUCUUCCUUCGAUUCCUUCUUGGACUCUCUCUGGAGUCAAAUCAAACUCUCCUGCGUGGUCUGGUGAGUAGAAGACAAGGAGGCUUUGUGGACAAGAUCAGGACAGUUUUUGUCCGGGCUGGCAAUGAUAAAACAAUCAGGUACAUUAAGAACAAGAUCAGGGAGGCCCCUUCCCCAGAAAGGAUGAUCAACCUCUUCCACUGCCUGAAUGAACUCAAUGACCACUCCUUAGUGGAGCAGAUCCAGAGCUACCUUAGUGCAGGAAAACUUUCAAAGGCCAAACUCACACCUGGCCAGUGGUCAGCUCUAGUGUUUGUACUCCUGACAUCAGACCAGAAUCUGGAUGUGUUUGACCUGAAGAAGUUCAUCAGGUCUGAUGAAGCUCUCCUGAGGCUGACACGAGUAGUGGAGGAAUCCCACACAACCCUGCUUGAUAACUGUGGGCUCACCUCACAGAGCUGCACAACACUAGCGCCCAUCCUCUGCAAAGAAUCAUCAAAGCUCAGAAAACUGGAUCUCCGAGACAAUCGUAUUGGAGAUGUUGGAGUCCAACUACUGUGUAGUGGACUGAAGAACCACAACUGUGCCCUGGACACUCUGAGACUGUUGAAGAGUGAUGCAGCAGAUAAAGCUCUUGUGUAUCUGACUUCAGUUCUGGGUAGAAAUCCCUUACUGCUGACAGAACUGGACCUGAGUAGGAAGAUAUCAGGAGACUCAGGAAUGAAGCAGAUCUGUGCUCUACUGGAGGAUUCACACUGCAGAGUCGAGACACUGAAGCUUGAUAGCUGUGGACUCACUAAAGACAGCUGCAAAACACUAGCAUCCAUGCUCUGCAAACCAUCAUCAAAGCUCAGGAAACUGGAUCUCAGUUGCAACUGCAUUGGAGAUAUUGGAGUCAAGAAGCUGUGCAGUGGCCUGAAGAACCCAAACUGUGCCCUGGAUACUCUGAGCUUGUCAGACUGUGGUGUAACAGGAGAAGGAUAUGCUGCUCUGACCAAAGCUCUCAAAUCAAACCCUUCACACCUGGAGGAGCUGGACCUGAGAGGAAACGACCCUGGAGACUCUGGAGUGGAGCUCCUCACUUCAGCACUGACCAAUCAGAAGUGCAAACUCAGGUUGUUGUCUGAUGAAGCAGAGAGAGCCUGUGAGUAUCUGACUUCAGUUCUGGGUAGACACCCCUUACUCCUGACAGAGCUGGACCUGGGAGGGAAGAUAACAGGAGACUCAGGAGUGAAGCAGUUCUGUCCUCUACUGGGGGAUUCACACUGCAGAAUCAAGAAACUCUGGCUUGGUGACUGCAGUAUAACAGCAGAGGGCUGUGCUGCGCUGGUCUCAGCUCUAUCAUCAAACCCAUCACACCUGACAUGGCUGUAUCUGGAGGGUAAUAAUGAACUAGGAGACUCUGGUGUGAAGCAGAUCUCUACUCUACUCAGGAAUCCAGACUGUAAACUACAGAAACUGUCGUAA